AUGGGGGCAGGAUUCAACAGGGAGGGAGACAACAGAAGGGUCACGAGGGUAACCUCCUUCGUCUCCCUCAACAGCGCCUCGCUCUGGAACCUCCUCCUCGCGGACCUUGCGACCCAGCUGCUGCCAUGGCAUCGCUAUGUGGUCGCUCUUCACCUCAUUGCCGUCCUCUUCCUCCCCACACAGUCAGUCUUCGCUCUCUGCAUCUGCGACUUCUUCCUCCUCCCUGCCAAGGCGUUCCUCACCUGCCUGCUCGUCCUCUCCAUCGUCGAGCUCUGGGAGGACCUUCAGGUCGCCCUCAUGCUUGUUGCUCUGAUCUUGGGCCUCUGGUCACUCCAGCGGCUGUGGAGGAUGUUCAUCCGGCAGUGGGCCAAGACGCUCCUCCUCCUCUGCGCCAAGUCAGCCUACGGCAACUGCGAAGACUACUCCCACGUCUCUCCCCGCAUCCGCAGGUUCGUCCUGUUCACCCUCAGCAGCAGCCAGCAGCUCUCCAUCGCUCGCUCCCCCAGCUUUGUGCAGGCAGAACUUGCCAUCCUCUUCAAGCUGGCAAGUGCUUCCUUGAAGGAGCGGGAGCUCUUGCGCCAUGCUCUCCAGUCUUGUCUGCGGCUGCUCAUCACACUUGAAGACUCCAUGCUUCUCCUCGACGUCUGCGACAAGCUGGUGCAGUCCGGCGUCGUUUCCUCACUGUCCAAGAUGCUGCUGGUGGAGGACAUGGAGGUGAAGAAGAUCGCUAUCGAGAUCCUCGGGAUGAUGAGCAGGACGGAAGACACCAGCUCCAUUCUCAUCGGGCAGGACCGGGAGAUCCUGACUAGCAUCGUAGACACGCUGCAUCGCUACAAGCUCACCUCUCCCCACCUCGCCUCCUCGGCCUGUGCAGCGAUCGCAGAUGUCUGCUCGCAUGACGUUGUGCACGAGUUUAUCCUCGCGACCAACGCUUGCUCCGUCCUCCUUGAAGCCGCGCGGCUCCCUGGCAUCUCCAACCUGCAGGUCUAUGCUGCUCGCUCGCUCCUCAGCCUCAGCUGUGGCGUCGCCAUGCAGCCCUCCUCCUCGCUGGAGGAUGGAGGCGGGUUGAAGGAGGAGCAUGCAAGGAGCCAAGAGGUCGAGGAGAGGGCACGAGACAUUUACGACCUCUUCUUCGAGUUCCUGACCUCCAAACCUCCUCCUCCUCCCUCUCUCUGCCAUCUUGCCUGCCAGUACUUCCGCAAGCUGCUCAGCAGGGGGCACCACGACCCUCUUGCUCGCCUCGCCAUCUCGCAGGGGAUCAUCCGCAUCCUCUUCCUCACCCUGAGAGAUGCGGGUGAGACCGCGAUCGUCAUGGAGGCGCUUCCCGCCCUCGCUUGUAUGACCAUGACAGGAGAAGAUCCUCUCCUCGACUCCAUGAAAAAGCUGCAUGGUUUCCUUCCUGCCAUACAUCGCCUGCUCACACAUCAGGACGGAGCCAUCCGCAGGCAUGCAUGGAUCGCGCUGCUCUAUCUCCAUGGGCGGCUGCUCUGUCGCUCCUACGGCAUGAUCUCAAGGCGCCACUGCGAUGAAGAGCGAUGUCCCAUCUGCUGGAACGACUACACCUUGGAUGACACAGUUGUCGUCCUCCCCGACUGCCAUCAUGUUUUCCAUCACGCCUGCAUCAAUUCUUGGUUGGUGGGCAAACAGGGGACGAGCUCCUCUGCCAUCAAUCACGAUUGCCCUCUAUGCAAGCGAAUCAUCUCUGUUGUGCCACUAUGA